AUGGACUUGACAAUUGACGCCAUGUGGUUGUUCCUAGCUAUUUUUCUCAUCACUGCAAUAAUCAUUAAGGUUGCAAAUGCAAGAGUUACCUCCGAUCCAGGGUGUACACGAUCACCUCCACCUAUGCUCAAUAUAAUUGCUCUCCUAAAACUCUUACCUACCUUGUGUACAAAGGGCCCCGAAGUUACAAUGACCUAUCUAUAUAACAAGUUUGGUAGUGUGUUCACAAUAAGUUUUCUUUGGAAAAGAAUAAGCUUCUUGGUUGGGCCAGAGGUCUCUGGUCUUUUCUUUCAAGGUUCGGAGUCCGAGGUUUCCCAAGGUAAUACGUUUGAGUUCACUGUGCCCAUGUUUGGCCUGGAGAACGGAUUUGCCGUAGAUUACAGCACCCGAAUCCAGGAGAUUCACUUCUUCAUUGACGCUCUAAGGCCAUCGCAGCUGAGGAGCCAUGUUGACCCCAUGCUUCGUGAAGUGGAGAUGAUGCUUCUCACUUUGCUAAGUCUCAAGAGAGCAACUUUGAGCCCAUAUGUUAUUGUGAAUAUUAAACAAUCAAUGUAUUCUGGAAAAAGUGUUUAUAUUUCUUAUAGGUCUACAACUAUCAUGAAAUCUACACAAUUACAAGACUACUUUGCGAAAUGGGGAGAAGAGGGGGUAGUCGAUCUGAAAGAUGAGCUCAACCAGAUACUCAUGUUGAUCUCAAGUCAAUGCUUACUUGGAAAUGAGGUUAGAGAAAAGCUAUUUGGUGAGAUUUACACAUUGUUUAGUGGAAUCGAAGGGGGGGUGAACUUGGUGAGUUUCAUGCUCCCAUAUUUCCCUGUUCCGGCAAACCACCGACGAGACAAAGCACGAAUCAGACUUAUAGAGAUUGUUUAUGAUAUUAUGAGGUCAAGAAAGACAUGCGGCCGUGUCGAGCAAGAUGUCCUCCAGAAAUUGAUGGACUCUAGGUAUAAAGACGGUCAUCGUACAACAGAAGCGGCGGUCGCCGGGAUGAUCAUCGCAUUGAUAUUUGCUGGAAAACACACAAGCUCAAUUGUAUCCACCUGGACAGGAGCUUGCCUAUUGACCCAUACAAAGUUUUUAGAUGUUGUUGUGGAAGAGCAAAGGGAAAUAAUGAGAAAAUAUAAGGACAAGAUAGACUAUAAUGUCUUGUCAAAGAUGGAGACAUUGCAUAGUUCUAUCAAAGAGGCAGGACGCAUGCAUCCAGCGACACUAGGUUUGAUUCGCCAAACACAAAAGAAUAUCACUGUGAGGACAAAAGAAGGAACUGAAUAUGGCAUCCCGAAAGGUGACACCUUAGUAAAUCUUGUAAUGCUAACCAGUAAGUUAUCACACAUUUACAAGGACCCUGAAGUGUAUGACCCAUACCGUUUUCGUCCUGGAAGAGAGGAGGAUAAAGUUGGUGGUAAAUUCUCAUACGCAAUAUUUGGCGGUGGAAGCCAUGUUUGUCCCGGGGAGGCCUAUGCUUUCUUGCAAAUUAAAAUUAUAUGGAGCCAUUUGCUGAGAAAUUUUGAACUCAAACUCACUUCUCCUUUUCCCAAGACAGAUUGGAGCAAGUUCAUGUUAGAGCCUAAAGGGAAAGUGCUGGUAAACUAUAAGAGACGUCAUCUGGAAAGCAACUGAGAUAUGCAUGCCAUAUGUCCAUCAACAUGUAUUUGCAUGGACGUACCUUUGCAUAUGUGUGGUAAUACAUGUUUGGUAGUUGUCUGUGGUUUCUAGGGCAUCAUAAGGUCACGUUAUUUGUAACUUGAGUAUUUAAUUACUUCUACUUCAUUAUCCAAA